AUGAACAUCCAGGGUGAAAAUAACCUCAGUGCAACAAGUGGGACAAAACCCUGUGGGCGCCGGAACGCAAGCGCCGGCCGCUUCCCCGUUCCUGCCCCAGAGGUGAAGGAGACGGCCUCGUGGAAAGCUGGCGCACAGCGGCCUCCGGGCUCCCUUGGCUGUGGAGCGGCGCCCCGGUCUCCUGGACGGUGCUGCUCCGAAGGACUUCCUGGGGCUUCACGGGACGGUCCACCCGAAGGCACUGCCCUCAGCCGCAGCUUGGGCGCUGGAGCGUCUGCCCUCCCAGCCCCCAGCCCCCAGCCCCCCACGCCGGCCCUGAAGCAGCGACGUCUGGUUCAGUCUCAGAACAAAGGCUGCGCAAAGCUGCUGACUCUCGUGUUCUCUGGGGCCGCGGGGCUGUCGGUGGGGAGACGGCGGAGCGCCCGCGCUGAGCGCACAGCUGGGGCCGCCCUCCCUGAGGCCGGCGGCACAGCCAAAGCAGCUCGGCCGCCGCGGCUCUCUACCCCCCACCCCAGACCCCCAGCCCCGGCCCUCUGCUUGUGCCCAGGGUGGGGCCUCCUGGCCCCGCGGACAGACAGCUCGUGGUGUGCAGACGCACUCACUGCCUCGGACAGUUCCUUUUAA